UAUGACACAAUCAAAUUCACAAUUUGAGGUGUCUCCUAAUGAUUCUGUUGGUAAAGUUUUGGGACCUAAACACUCUGGGAGAGUUCGUUGCAUGGGCAUGAGGGCAGCGCCUACAAAUACCUUUAGGAAUGUGAGAAGUCGGCUUAAUGGGAUGACCAUCUCCACUAAUUCAGCUGGAUCUUCUUCGCCUACUACUGCUGUAAUUUUACAGAAAAAGAUCUAUAAUUUGGAGUCCGACUUACAUAAUUCACAGCAAAAAGUCGGUAGUCUAGAGUCUAAGUUGCAGCAAUCAUUUGAUAUGAUGAAAGCAUACCUAAUGAUGAAGGAAGGAGGAAUUCCCGAAGCGCUUGUUGGCUUCUUUUCUGCCCGAGAGGCUAAUGAUGCUGAAAGCGAGUCUACUACUCCCUUUGAAGUUAGGAGAUCAGCUGGUGAUAGCAAUGGACAUCCGAAGACAAAUAUUUAAGACUUUUAUGUAAUUAGAUGAUAUUAAAAUAUUGAAGUUGUUUUAUUUUACUU